AUGUCUGAUAAACACUAUUUCCCUUCCACGAGUGCCAACUCUUUGGUUCCACGAGCCUUGCGGGCGCUCGUGUCUGCGAAUGAUCACUUGACUUUGGACUUUGCAGAGCGAGUUGUUGCAAAUGCCUUCCACGAUGAUUCAAAAGUGAGCAUUAUCAGUGGAGGCGGCUCGGGACACGAACCUGCCUGGAGUGGCUAUGUCGGUGAUGGCCUACUCUCGGCAGUGGCAUGUGGUGAUAUUUUUGCCUCGCCCAGCGCAAAACAAAUUCUGGCUGCCAUCCGAAUGGCUCCAUCCAAGAAAGGAAUUAUCUUGUUGAUUACCAACUAUACUGGCGAUCGUCUUCACUUCGGUCUGGCUGCCGAAAGAGCCAAGGCUGAAGGGCUAGUCGAGAACAUCGCCAUUCUGCAUGCCACCGAUGAUGUUUCGAUCGGAAGGAGCAAGAACAGUCAUAUGGGCCGGAGAGGCCUCCCUGGUCAUGUUUUCACCAUGAAGAUCAUUGGAGCUGCUGCCGCAGAAGGCUACUCAUUUGAGCAGUGUCUUGCACUGGGACAAGCAGUCAACGCACACACAGUCACCAUCGCUUCGGCACUUGACCAUUGCCAUGUGCCCGGCAGAGCUCAACAGUCAUCUGUCUCAGACGAUGUGGUCGUCAUUGGUGCCGGCAUCCACAAUGAACCCGGUCAACUUCACAUUUCUCCAGCUCCCCCAGUCGAAGAACUUAUCGAGCGGUGUCUCAAACUCCUUUGUGAUGAAUCUGAUGCUGAGCGAGCCUUUGUCAAAUUUGAGGGAGAUGAUGAAAUUGGCUUACUGGUCAACAACUACGGUGGCCUUUCCGUUCUCGAAUUACACGCCUUGGCCGAUGAGAUCCAAAUUCAGUUGGGCUCACGAUGGAAUAUCAAGCCACGCAGAACGCUUUUUGGCGCAUUUGAGACAUCUCUCAACGCACCAGGCUUCUCUAUCUCUCUAUGCAACCUCACAGCCGCAGCUCGGCAAUCGAAGGAGCCUGUCGCCACCUUGAUUCGCCAAUUUGAUAGUACCACGACCGCUGUGUCAUGGCCCAAUACUAUCCGUCCUUCUCCUACACAGCAAAGAAUCACUUUGGACCAUCUUGAUGCCCAAGCGAAUGGGCACACGGCUGACUCUCCUAGCAUCAAAUUUGACUCUAAGCUCCUUGAAAGUGCCAUUCGGACAUCGUGCGAGAGGGCCAUUGCAGCCGAGCCAAGGUUGACUCAGUGGGAUAUGGUUAUGGGCGACGGUGACUGUGGUGAGGCUGUCCUGGGCCUAGCCGAAUCUAUCUUGCAACGAGUCGACAAGGGUUGCACAGAAUCUGGCGAUGUCCUAGAGGUCAUUCAUUCCAUAUUGCAGGAUGUCGACGACAUGGGCGGCACGCUUGGAGCAAUUUUCGGAGUUCUUCUAUCUGCUUUCUCGACAUCUUUGAGAAAAAAUGCAUCCGAGAGCAAGAUUAGCCCGAGUUCGGCAGAGUUCUACGCUACUGCACUUGAAUCUGCGGUUACAUCUUUGAAGUCGCAUACCGGAGCGAGGAUAGGAGACAGGACAGUCAUGGACGUGCUACUUCCAUUUGAGGAGGAGUUUUCCCGAACAAAUGACCUUCCUUCAGCAGUUAAGGUUGCGGCUAAAAGAGCUGAGGAAACCAGAUAUCUGAAAGCAAAGUUUGGUAGGGCAACAUAUGUCGGGGAGGCGUCGACCCAGGAGCUACCAGACCCAGGUGCUUGGGCCUUCUACGAAAUAGUUGCCGGCUUGGCCCAUGGACUUGGAUUUGUCGCCAAGUAA